AGUAUUUACAAGAGCGCAGAGUAACAAAGGAGGCAUGAUGUAGGCCGGUAUUUCUGCUAACAAACUGGAUCAUUAGACUUAAGUUGUAGUCAUUUCAAUUGAGUAGCACGUACAAUGCAAAGUCUAGUGGUGAUUCUUUUGGAAACACUUAAACCUUUAAUGUAUUUUAAUCAAUGAAUUUGGUGGCUAAUUUGAGAAGCACACACACUGAUACAGGAGGAGGGGUACAUAGUGGCAUCAGACGAGUCAACGGGGAGUAACAGUCAUGCUAACAGAGCCCACAGGUGGUCUUUGGGACAUGUCAGGACAAGCAGAGCAAUCCUGGGUAAAGGACUGUCCAUUGACACCUUGACGGACAACUUGACUACAGUGGUGGCGGAUGCCAGCAAAUAUUACACGUGGCGAUGCUUCAGCCCCGAUGACCGGCGCGCACGGGAACUAUGGGUGGACAUGAGCGACCUCGGGCGCGGCCAAGUCCGUGUCCAUGGUAUUUUGUCAAACGCCUACCAACAGGCUGCCAAAGUUGCCUUGUCAUUUGACUUCCCCUUCUAUGGACAUUACCUGAGGCAGAUUACCAUAGCAACGGGAGGGUUCAUCUUCACUGGCGAGAUCAUCCACCGCAUGUUGACAUCAACACAGUACAUCGCCCCACUGAUGGCUAAUUUUGAUCCCAGCCACUCCAAAGAGUCCACCGUGCAAUACAUGGAUAACGGCGAGGUGUUUGUGGUACAGUGGGAGCGGGUCAGAUUGUCGGGCCAAGAGUCAAUGGGCGCAUUCACCUUCCAGGCUGCGCUUUACAAAACAGGAACCGUCACGUUCAGUUACAAAGACAUACCCGUGCCUCCCAAUGAUAUCGGUCCAGCUAAACACCCUGUGAAGGCGGGCCUCUCUGAUGCAUUUGUGGUCAUGUCAUCAUCCCAGUCGUCAAGCGUCCAGAGGCAGACGGUGUACGAGUACCAUCGCAUUGAGAUAGACGCCGCUAAUAUCACCAGUUUGUCCGCGGUCGAGUUCACUCCGCUACCAACCUGCCUGCAACAUGACAACUGUGAGCGCUGCAUCUCUUCCAACCAGACGUCUGGCUGCAGUUGGUGUAAUGUGCUCCAGAGGUGUUCGGAUGGCAUGGAUCGACACAGGCAGGAAUGGUUGGACUUUGGCUGUUCAGAGGAGAGCAUAGGGGCGACCUGUGAUGAGUACAAUGGAGAAAACAGUUCUAUCACACCAGAAAUCCAAGAUGUGACCUCGUCCGCUUUACAAAAUGACUGCAAACGUGACGAUGCCAAGCAAGAGUCGACUACUCACAGUAGCAACAGCUGGGCUAACACAGGAGCCCUAGCAGGUGUUGCAUCCGCUUUGGUCUUACUCUUGGCUCUGGUGCUUGUGGCGCUUUACGUCCACUGCCACCCAACUGCCACAUAUUUCAUCCAGCGACACAAGAGGUACUGGCCCUCCUUAAAGUUUCAGAAGCAACAGCCUGGCUACACAGAAGUGGAAGGAGACGGGCAGGAGAGGAGCAGCAUCGUCCAAGAUGGACCGUGAUGGAGGCCAUUAUUUGCCGUUUUAGCAGCAAUCUGCACAUGAUUAUUGUUAUUCCAAACUCUUCGUAACCCAACAACCAAUCCAAUACAUGGACGAGCCACAACAUUAAGUACACGUGCAUUACUGUAAUGUGAUGAAAUCCAGUACAAAAAGUCACGUUCCUUUUUUUUUCUUCUCUUGUUGCAUCAUACUGACAACUGCUUCUAAUAUUUUGAGCCCAACGCCACAGCCAUGAAGGAACCACAAUAUUAGGAACAGCUCUCGGUGUGAUUUGUCUCCAAAAUAUUUUGCAUGUACACACAAGACCUUCGUAUUUCUCUAAUAUAUUGAUGACAAAUCUGCGUUCUAAUCCAUUCACCUCACAUGUGUGGCAUAUCAAGAUGCUGAUUAAACAGCAUGACCGGCUACAAUAAAAGGCCAUUCCAAAUUUUACUGUGUUGAGCUCAGCUCGUGAAAGAUGGGCGUGUACAAUGAACAAGCAUAGGGACAUAAGAGGUCAAUGUAUGCAUGAAAGUGUAUCAGCAGCAGGUGUCAGUCUAAGCACAUGUUGACACCAAGUAUACGCUUCUUGCAGUUGAACGUGGCAGUUGUAUGUAAAUGUGAUUUGAGAGCAUUUGAUUUCCUUCAACAACCCCUCCCCCCUCCUCCUCCACCCCUCUUGCACAACCAUGCAAGAAAUCACAGAUGGAGCCCAAAAAAAAAUCUGAUUUGUUGGACCUGGAUUAUGUAACGCACAAAAAAAUGAGGUUGUCAAAACAUGGCACAAUCAAGGCUUGCUCAUGUAUAUGUGAUAUUAUGUGUUGUAGGUGAUCUCAUCAUGGUGUUGUGUGGAAAUAUGGGGAACACAAUGUUGAUAACAGACAACACACAAACCCGCUAUUCCCUAAAUUGCAGAUAUUGAAAAUUCACCAAUAUGGUACAUUUCCACUAGACCUCAGGGGGAAAAAACAAUUGUUUAGCAUAUUCAUAUGUGGAGGAAAACCAUUGAGCUGAUUGAGCAAGGAAAUGCUACCAACAUGGUGGGGAAUGG